AUGAGCGGCCUCAGGAUAUUGGUGCCCGUCAAGCGCGUGAUUGACUACGCGAUCAAACCCCGCAUCAACAAAGCCCAGACUGGUGUCGAAACCGCAGGUGUUAAGCACUCCCUGAACCCAUUCGACGAGCUCUCAAUCGAAGAGGCCGUCCGCCUUCGCGAGCGCAAGGGCCCCAUUAAGGUCGAAGACAUUCUCGCACUGUCCGCCGGUGGCCCGAAAUGCCCUGACGUCCUCCGCACCGCCAUGGCCAUGGGCGCUGACCGAGCCUUUCACAUCGACGUACCGGAUAAGGGCGACGGCGGCCCAGAGCCGCUGACCAUCGCCAAGAUGCUGCAGGCCGUCGUUAAGGAGCAGAACGUGAACCUUGUGCUGCUCGGUAAGCAGGCGAUUGACGGCGACCAGGGUCAGACUGGUCAGAUGCUUGCUGGUCUACUUGGGUGGCCCCAGGCUACACAAGCCAGCAAGGUUGAUAUUAAGGAUGAAGCUGGUACCGUUGAGAUUACCCACGAGGUCGACGGUGGUGUUGAGACUCUCCGCGCCAAGCUGCCUCUGGUCAUCACUACGGAUCUACGCCUGAACGAGCCGCGGUACGCUAGCUUGCCCAACAUUAUGAAGGCCAAGAAGAAGCCCCUUGAGAAGAAGACCCUUGCCGAUCUUGGUGUGGAAGAUACCCGGCGGUUGAAGACUCUGAAGGUUACCGAACCCCCGCCACGAAAGGGUGGUGGCAAGGUCGAAGAUGUCGAUGGCCUUGUCUCCAAGCUUAAGGAGCUGGGUGCGUUGUAA